UGCUCUCCUCCAUUUGCCUAUAAAUUCAUCCACUCCUUCAACAAUUCUUCCACACCAACAUUCUCACUACUUCAUCUACAUUACUUCUUUUACAAUUUCAUCUUCAACAAAAUCUUCCAAUUUCAUCUACACCAACUCCCCAACAAUAUGUCUUUACUCACAAUGGGCGAAGCACACAGAGGAACAGUUGCAAACAUCGCAACAUACGAUGUAUCAAGGUUUCGAACUCGAGUCCACGAAUUUGUCCCAAUGGACCCGAUGAUUCAACCUUAUGUUGAACUCGCCGGUUUUGGUCACAUUAGCAAGAUUAUGUCUUGGUCUAUAGAUAACAAGUUCAUUCUAGCCUUAUGCGAAAGAUGGAGGCCAGAGACACACACAUUUUGGUUUCCAACCGGUGAGUGUACCGUGACGUUAGAAGAUGUCUACAUGCUUUUAGGACUACGAAUUGAAGGCAAAGCUGUUAAUGGUAAGACCAACUAUGCAAAUUCAAUUUGCAUGGAGCUUUUAGACACUGAUUUGUUAGAUGAUAAUGCUAGAGGUCAAGGUAUACUACUCUCACGCCUAAAGUCAUAUUAUAAUAGUUUAUAUUUAGAUGAGCAUUCUACCGAAGAUGCUUGAAUAAUCAAAACUAGAUGUUACAUUAUGUUGUUACUAGGAUCCUUUUUAUUUCCCGAAGGUAGUGGUUCUAGCAUGCAUAUUAUGUACUUACCUUUACUUAGACAUAUAGAUAGAAUAGGUAGUUACAAUUGGGGAUCAGCAUGUCUAGCCUAUCUCUAUAGUUCGUUGUGCAAAAACUCCCACAAAGACAAAUCUACAUUUUCUGGAUGUGCUGUUUUGCUACAAGCAUGGGGAUGGUCAAGACUACCGUCUCUAGCACCGGUCAAUAACAACCCCUUCACUUUUCCAUAUGCAAAAAAGUAAGUUGUUUAAAUUGCUAUAUCUUUACUUACUUCCUUACAGUUUAGUACCCAUAACUAAUUUAUUUUAACUUUUUGGUGUAGAUGGUCGGCACGUGGUA